AUGGCGGAGAAGAAUGUGGACGAUGAGGUAGCAGACAAGAUUCCUAGAAUGGAGGACCCAAUGCCAUCUAUCAGUGUUCACACAUUUCACGAGAAAAUAAUGGACAGUGAAUGUUUUUUCCAAGUGGUCAAGUUGGAAGACAGCUUUCACUUGUGGCUCGGAAAUUCACCUGCUACAUUUGGAUCUUUUACCGUAGCUAUGCAAACCAAAUUUGACAAAUUACCAUCGUCGGUUCCAUUACUUGGAGGGAUAGAUUCACCAAGUAAUUCAUUAGCUUUACAGUUAGCAAAGAAAACUGGAAAACAAGUGUUUGUGAGCUGUAAUUUGACAUUUCAAGGACAAAUUAUGUCUCUCAUAGAGAAAAGAAUAUCCGAAGAAUUGAACAAACAUCCUGAGUGUUUUUAAUAUCAAGGAUGAAUUACACAGUGUAUGUGUCCAUACUCAAAGAUAUGCAGUUAUAAAUGUGAAAACAGCAUUGUCACUGUGGAAUUCUGUGUUCAGAUGAUAUUCAUCAUUUGAGUUGUGCGAGUGUCAAGAUAAAUGGCAAUUAUCAUCCAUUUCACACCAUCAUUGUCAUACCUUAAUCAACUCAGCUAAAUAUCCCAUUCAUUUUGUACCAAUAAAUCAUGAAAGCUGAAUAUUCUUGUUGAUUUUGAGGUUAACUGUUCCACUAAAAUCUAUAUUGGAAUGCACAUGUAUAUACAUACAAGUGCAGCAAGGUCAUUCCUGUAAUGUUAUUGUACUUACCAAAACUUUGUCUCUCAUGUCUUUUGUGAGUUAAUUGUUUAUAUUAACAUUGGUUACGCUCUGAUUGAAGAAACGAGUUUUGAUGAAAAUGCUAUUUACUGUAAGUACUUGCCUACACUAGAUACUGACGAGAACAAAAUAUCCUAGUUAUGAUGCUUCAAGCUGUAAUGUUGAUUGGUAAAUAAUUAAGUAUACAUAUUUGAACUGGAAGUCCCUGUCACUACAAUACAGAUUUACAUAAUGAUCUGGGAUGCGAGUACUUUUUAUCCUUCUGUAAUUUUUCUGGCUAAAAAUACAUGAUGGAAUAGAUUUUGAUGUUUCAUUCUUUGAUUUCUCACAUUUUGUAGUUUAGGUUUAAUAAUGUCCUAAAUUUUCUACUUCAAUUAUUUGAAAUGAUUGUAUACUCCUUUGUAAUUGUAACUGAUAAAUCAGUUUGUGUUGUGAAAGUGAUGAUACAUUUAGCACACAAAUUGGCCACAUCUAUGUCAAAAAAUGUGGACUGCAGGAGUAGAUGUAGUAUCAGCAUGUUUUAAAAAUAUAACUUGCAGGUAAUACAGAAAAAAUUGUUGUAAAUUUGUUAUAUGUGUAAAUGUGUGGAGGAAAUUACAGUGCAAGGAUGAUAUUUGAAUGAUAUACAUACCUUGAUUUUAGUAAUUGCAUGGAAAAUAUCUUUUCAGUACAAUACAGAUGUAAGACUGGCACUCCAGUGCGGGUCCAAAUUUCUGUGUGUAGCUAUGUAGCAUUUAUAUUGUGUUGCCAUUGUUUAUAGUUACUUUUUUUAAACUCAUUAAUCAGUGUAGAUGUUUGAAAUGUUUAUUGUUAGUGAUGGAAGGGACAUAACUCUUACAUGUACCAUGUACUGAUAAUUUCCUAUGAUUGAGUAUCCAGGUGUUAAUACUUCAGUCAGGACAGUGGGUUAAUGAUACCAUUCAAGUCACGUUUAUUAAUUCUGCCUUACAAUUUAUAUGAAAUGAUUUAUUACCAAGACUGACAUUUUUCAAAGAAUACCAUCUGUCACAUACAGUCAUAUAUGGAAUAAACCCUAAUAAUGUCUGUAUAUUAAGGUUCAGAUGGGUUGAUCAGCCUAAAUGUCAACUCCCUGGCACCAAUUUUCAUGAAUAUUCAAGGAUUUUGUUAUCUUCUAAAGGAGCCCUUUAUGAUUUAAAAUUUAAUAAACGUGGCCUGAAAUAUAGGAACAGAAAAAUUCUGAAAAUUAUCACAGGUUAUAUGUCUGUUUAGGAAUCCCAAUAAAAACUUGAUAAAGUCAGUGUCCAUAUGAUAAGUGUUUGUGAAAACUUUCAAAUGAAAUAUGUUACGUUUUAAACAUGCUAAUAUUAUGUCGUAUUUGAAUAAAUUUUUGUAGACUUUU